AGAAGAAGAAGAAGAAGAAGAAGCAGAAGAAGAAGAAGGCUUAAAGAUGGUUGACAUAGGAAGGAGUUACACGUAACCUAAGAACCGAUAGCAUUUCAUAGUUAGCACGGGAGAGAGUUUUUGUGCCUUACAGAGGCAGCGUUGAUUGUAUUUGUCAGAAAUGGACGAUGUGGAGAUUACAGAUAUCAAUGACGGUGGUUUGCCUAAUCAUGUGGAAAAGGUGCCCCUCAAAAACCAGGAUCUGAGUUCCCUGAGCCUAAUUGCAGGGGAACUUCUGUCCCAGUAUGGGUGGUACCUCCUGGUUUUGACUGUGCUGCUCUACCUGCUCAUCCACCACCUGGGAAAGAGGAGAUCCAGUCAGAACUACCACAUCUCACCCCCACAAGAUGCUGCUUUAGUGGCAAGAAGACAAGAAGCCAUGGAGGCAGCUCGAAGAAAGAUGCAAGAGGAACUUGAUGCCAAAGCAGCCAUCUUCAGAGAAAAACAGAGACAGCAAGAAGAAGAGAAGAGGAGACAGAAAAUAGAAAUGUGGCAGAGUGAAAGAGCUGCAAAGGAACCGCCAAAAUCCUUCACUGUAGUAUCUGAUUAACUGCAGAAAUCAGAAGAGGCCAGCUCAUCAACAACAGUCCUGAAGCCCAAGACGGAUAAAAAGCCACUUCGCAGUGCUGACUACAAUCCCCUGACUGGUCAGGGAGGAGGCUCCUGUUCCUGGAGGCCUGGCAGGAGAGGGCCGUCAUCUGGUGGAUGAGGUUAAAGAAGGUCAGACAUUGGUCUUUAUGACCUUUAGCCUCUGACAUCCUGAUGUGCACACUGACUGACUUGAACCAAGUAGACGAUGUCACCAUCUCCUACACUUUUAACUUGCUCUAUACUUUUAAUGGGUACCGAUUAGUUGGUAUAAUUAAUAUAAUUAACCAGCUAUCUUCUCCUGUUUAUCUUCACUCCUGUCAUUAACUCCUGCUGCCUUGUUAAACUUCAAAGAUAGUAUGAUUACCUUAAAUCACACCUUUAAUGGCCAAAUGCUUGGUGCAAUUGAAAGCUUGUAAUGACGCCAUUCCUGAAAACGGUCUGUAACCGGUAGGUUUGGCUGAUGAAUUUCACAGUCAGUGGGUUUUUUCUUGUUAUAUUUUAAUAUGGUUAUCAAUGUGUACUACCACGGCUUUAGAGCUGACAUCACUGCAGCUGUAGCCGGUCGCCAGUUACAAGAAAUCAUACAUUCUGUCUAUAUACUUAAAGAUUUUGAUCAGUCAAAAUGUAAGGAGCUUAUGUCUACACUGUCACACACACUUUUAUGUAAUAAAGGUAUGGUCACCUUUAGAAAGUGCAACAUGCUUGGUGUGAUUUUUUUUUUUUUUUUAUAAACAGUUUUUAAGUUUUACUUGCACAUUAAUCCUGGUCAUUGGUCCCCAUUCACUAGUUUGUGACAGAUGUUCUUACCUUGUGCCAAAGGUACAGUUUUGCAUAUGGACAGUAGGAACAUGCCCCUACCUAUAUUUUGGGAGUUAUCUGAAGCUCAUAUUAUUUGCAAAUGUCAUAUUGCUCCCAGAUGUGGAGGAAGCGAUAGCCGGCGGUCAGUUCAAUGACAAUAUGUUAUCAGGGUUGUUGGUCUAUACCUCAAGCAUGGGCAAGAUGUAGUCUUACAGGUGACAUUCCCUGUCCUUUACUGCCUGCAAACCAUAGCACACACAUCAUUUUGUCCAUGCCACAUCUUGUCCUUUGUCGAUAACAUUAUUCCAGCUAACGAGAUCGAGGGAGUUUUGAAUGGAGGAGAAACAGGAUCAGACUAGAGACAUAGAGCGGGUUGAUGAAGAAACAAGGGCAUGUUUCAGUUAAAGCUCUAAUUAUAAAUAAUUGUAGUUCAGAGUUAUAUGGAGGCAUCAGCAUUAAAGUUAUUUGAUCUGCUGUGCCCCAGUAAAAUGACACAUUUGAGUUUUAACAAGCUCCUAUAUGCUAUUUGGCAGUAGAUUAAUUUAGAUUAAUGGAAAAAAGAACUGAUCUGUUCUAAUCAAGAAGAUCAAAGCAAAAUACAAGCUGAUGCACAGUGGUUAGGGUGAGAGAGGUACAGUAACACCUGGCUGAGGUUGGUAAACAAGCUGACAUUAGUUUAGUUAGCUAGUAUAUCACCAGGUGUGGAUGUUGAAUGUGAAGUAAAUUAGAGCUCUGUACAUCAAUGCAUAUGCUCAGUUGGACUGCUCUUAAAAUGCUGUUUAUCACUGUAUUACAAACUCAAUGUUGGGACAGUAUGUAAAGCCAAAAUUAAACCUGAAAAUGUGUAAA